AUGCUCCCUAGCCCAGCUUCCAUACCCGCGCCGCUCGUCGGUCACUUGGCGUCACUCAAUCUCCCUACACCGUCGGCCCUCGGCGCGUCGUUUUUCGAUUUCCCCAAUACAUCACUCGCAAAGCGCGCAGAGGAAUUUGUGCGCAAGAUUCUGCCAGCUUGGGCUGCCCACCACUCAUUUCGAACAUAUGCUUUCGCCAUCGGCAUAGCAAAUUACGCCGGCUGGGAUACGGGCGACAAGGCGCAGGAACUAGGUUUCGACAAGGAGCUCAUCUUCUUGGCCUGCGCUCUGCAUGAGAUCGGCUUUAACCCGAGUGCGCAGAAGAGUCCGCUGUCCCUCGAAUUGUGGGGGGCCAUCAAAGCCCGCCAGUGGCUUCUGGAUCAGACAGCCCAGGUUGUGGAAGAAUGUCAGGGUUCGCGCACGGCCGAGGCUAUGACAUUUUGGGCGGACGAGGUGUGCGAGGCCAUUGCGCGCCAUACCAUAGAAUUUCGGGAUUUCAGUUCCCGAGUACGCCUUACUGGUGCCCUAGUAACUUUGGGGGCGGGCCAAGACCUCAUGGGGCUGAGCACCAAGUUUAUGAACCCAGAAGACAUCAAAAGCAUAUGCGAGACGUGGCCACGGCUCGGCUACUGCGAUGGUUUGAAAGCUAUAGCAAAAAUCGAGGUGGGAAAUAAGCCCGCAUGCUUGUUCGAAGACUGCGUAGCGGCCUUUGAUCCUGGCAUGUAUGGCGUGGCUUGCUUUGACGGACUACAAGGGGUGCUGGAGAAGGAGAAGGAGGAGAACUAG